GAGCACGCAGUCACGUGACUGCUACGGCUUCCUCCAUAUGACAUCACUGCCUUUGCAGCCAUAGCAGGAAAGAAAGGAUGGUGUCUGGAAUUUGGGGGUUGAACUAAACGAUGUUGCAUUGCAGGUACUAAUAUGGUUAAUGCUGGAAACAUGAAUGGGUCUGGAAAUUUGAUGGAUUUCUUGGAUGAACCUUUCCCCGAUGUUGGGACAUAUGAAGACUUUCAUACCAUUGAUUGGUUGAGGGAGAAGUCACGUGACACAGACAGGCAUAGAAAGAUUACAAACAAAAGCAAGGAGUCAAUAUGGGAGUUCAUCAAAAGUUUACUAGAUGCCUGGUCGGGAUGGGUUGUGAUGCUUCUUAUAGGACUGCUGGCAGGCACAUUAGCUGGAGUUAUCGAUUUGGCGGUGGACUGGAUGACAGAUCUGAAAGAAGGUGUCUGUUUAUCCGCAUUCUGGUACAGCCAUGAGCAGUGUUGCUGGACAUUUAACGAAACUUCUUUUGAGGACAGGGACAAAUGUCCGCAGUGGCAAAAGUGGUCUGAACUUCUAGUUAACCAGUCUGAGGGUGCAAGCGCUUACAUUCUAAAUUAUUUUCUUUACAUUUUGUGGGCUCUAUUGUUUGCUUUCCUGGCUGUCUCCCUUGUCCGGGUUUUUGCUCCCUACGCCUGCGGCUCUGGAAUUCCAGAGAUAAAGACCAUCUUGAGUGGUUUCAUUAUAAGGGGCUACCUAGGCAAGUGGACCCUCUUAAUCAAAACAGUAACUUUGGUUCUGGUGGUGUCUUCCGGACUCAGCCUUGGCAAAGAAGGGCCGCUGGUGCACGUGGCUUGUUGCUGUGGCAACUUUUUCAGCAGCCUCUUCUCCAAGUACAGCAAGAACGAGGGAAAGAGACGAGAGGUGCUUUCAGCCGCUGCUGCUGCUGGUGUCUCUGUUGCCUUUGGAGCACCAAUCGGUGGUGUCCUUUUUAGCCUAGAAGAGGUGAGUUAUUAUUUUCCGCUGAAGACUCUCUGGAGAUCCUUUUUUGCUGCCCUCGUUGCUGCUUUUACCUUGAGAUCCAUCAAUCCAUUCGGAAACAGCCGCCUGGUUCUGUUUUAUGUGGAGUAUCACACGCCUUGGUACAUGGCCGAACUUUUCCCCUUCAUUCUGCUGGGAGUUUUUGGAGGUUUGUGGGGGACGCUUUUCAUCCGAUGCAACAUUGCCUGGUGCAGGAGGCGCAAAACCACCAAGCUUGGAAAGUACCCGGUCUUAGAGGUCAUCGUGGUGACUGCCAUCACUGCCAUCAUUGCUUUCCCCAAUCCGUACACUCGCAGGAGCACCAGCGAGCUGAUCUCAGAACUGUUCAACGACUGCGGCGCUCUAGAGUCCUCGCAGCUCUGCGACUACAUAAACGACCCCAAUAUGACGAGGCCUGUGGACGAUAUUCCUGACAGACCGGCUGGGAUUGGAGUGUACAUGGCUAUGUGGCAACUCGCCCUGGCUCUGGUUUUUAAAAUCAUCAUCACAAUAUUUACCUUUGGUAUGAAGAUCCCUUCAGGACUCUUCAUACCUAGUAUGGCUGUGGGAGCUAUCGCUGGAAGAAUAGUUGGGAUCGGAGUGGAGCAGUUGGCCUACCAUCACCAUGACUGGAUCAUCUUCCGGAACUGGUGCAGGCCAGGAGCUGACUGUGUUACCCCAGGACUUUACGCCAUGGUGGGAGCUGCAGCUUGUUUAGGCGGAGUCACCAGAAUGACAGUCUCUCUUGUUGUGAUCAUGUUUGAGUUAACAGGAGGAUUGGAGUACAUAGUACCCUUGAUGGCUGCAGCUGUCACUAGCAAAUGGGUAGCUGAUGCCUUUGGCAAAGAAGGGAUCUACGAGGCACACAUACAUUUGAACGGCUAUCCAUUUCUGGAUGUGAAGGAUGAGUUCACCCACAGAACACUGGCCACUGAUGUCAUGAGGCCUAGGCGCGGAGAGCCGCCUCUCUCCGUCCUGACCCAAGACAGCAUGACGGUGGAAGAUGUGGAGACGUUAAUCAAGGAGACGGACUACAACGGCUUUCCAGUGGUGGUUUCUAAAGACUCUGAACGCCUUAUAGGCUUUGCACAGAGGCGGGAGUUGAUUCUUGCCAUAAAAAACGCAAGGCAGCGGCAGGAUGGUGUAGUCAGCAAUUCCAUUAUCUAUUUCACUGAAGAGCCCCCGGAAGUGCCGGCAAACAGCCCUCACCCCCUGAAGCUCCGGCGUAUUCUCAAUCUGAGCCCCUUUACUGUCACAGACCACACGCCCAUGGAAACAGUGGUAGACAUUUUCCGGAAGCUUGGACUCAGGCAGUGUCUUGUCACACGCAGUGGGAGGCUUCUGGGCAUCAUAACAAAAAAGGACGUGUUAAGGCAUAUGGCUCAAAUGGCUAAUCAGGACCCUGAAUCCAUCAUGUUUAACUAGGCUGAUCCCAGAGGACAGGCUUUCAAGGGAACUUUACUGGACUAAUAGAUGUGGAUUUUGUACAGUACUUCAUUUUUGUUUUGUUUUGUUUUGUUAAAAUGAGAUUUAAAUAAGAUGGAAUCAUAUCCAGGGCAGAACCAAAGGAAAAUGCUGACAGGGGGAGCGAAUGCAACGUUAGAGUUUGGAAAUGCUAUGCACCUGCAGAUGGGCUUGGGCUAAAUGCUACUCUUGUCAUGGGGACGUUUAUUCCCAUGGUGAGUUUCCAAUUCUUCCCUUCCAUGGUAGUUUCCUCAGGAGCCAUCAUCACCUAGUUGUUUUCCCUGUUCCCCUUUGCAUGUAAACUGAUGGGGGGAGAGAAACUCUACUGCGUGAUCAGCCUUGAGUCAAAAUGUGAGUGCUGUGAUAUAGUUUGUGGGAGGGGAGGGUGGGGAGGAAGUCACCAAGAGGUUUGAUCCUACAGAAUUACAUAUAAGUAGCAACCAAGGUACUUAUAACUGCUUGGUUGGUGCAUGCAUAGGUGUGAAAUGGUUUGUGUUGACAAGGAAUGGGAAGCAUGGAGGCAUGCCACCAACUCGAUAGGGUGAUGUAGAAAAAUAGCAAGCAUAUUUAUAAAUACAGUAUUAAGACAAAUGCAAAAACGUUGUGUUCAGAACAACUGUGUGCUAGACAUGUUUUUCUCUCCUAAGUUUAGCACUUAUUUGUUAAUGGAUUAUGCUAAAGUAUUUUCAGGAAAUGUAUAAUUUUAUGAAGAAAUGUAUUGCUUUUGCCUAUUUUUGUAGAUAGACAAAGUAGAUUUAAAGCUGUGCUUCAGUUGACUCUCAGCAUUGUAAAACUGGCUUCGUUUACUAAGUUUUAUCCAACCUAAAUUCUCACGUUCAUUUUUGAGGUGAUGAAAUUGCCAUGAUGUGACUUCUGACAGUCAUUUUUACAUGGUGAAUAUUUCUUCUCAUUGACUGCAUUUGCAUGUAAUGCUAAACUUUGGUUUAACACUGCAUGCGCAGGCUGGAAUGAGCAAGAAUAUGACUUGGGUGAUGCUUCUCUUACAGAAUCCCAGUUUGCAUGAACCAGAGAUCAUGAUUUACAAGUAACUGUGGUCAGUUUUAAAGCAACCUGGCUUUUACAUUAACCAGAAGUUGCUUUUGAAAAAAACAAACCAUGACCUCUGAUUCAUAUGCAACUGCAAGCAAGGACUUUUAUGUAAGCAGAACUAAACACUGCCCAAGCCCUCAUCUUGGCUAUGCAGGAGGAAGAGAGGAGAGUGCAUGAGUUUAUUUAUGUAAUGCUAAACCAUGCAAACUGGGCCACUGUUUCCACAGUGGUAAAAUCUGCAAUUGACUACAUCCUGGAGAUUUUAUCACAGUUUUUUUCAGGCUCAUGACAUGUAAAAGUUGAACCAUAGGCACAUCACUCGGUCAUGAAAGAUAAUUGGAAAUGAGCUUCAGUAUUUUUAUCAAUAGGAUUUUUUUUAUCCUUCCUAAUGCACAGCAAAGUUGUUAAUAUUUAUUACUUCUCUAUGCAAAUAUUGCAUCAUUUUUGGGUUUAUGCCACAGUAAUUUUUUGCAGUGUAAAAUACUUUGUAAACCAUGUUUUCUGUGUAAUGAAUGCACUUCUGUACCAGUUCUAGCUAAUUUCUUCCUCCAGUUGGGAGUUCUUUGUGCAGACUUAAAGGUUCGGACACCUGGGAUAUUUGUUACAGCAGAGAUAAUCUCCGCAUCUUCUUGGGCACAAGAGUCAUAUGGAAAGUUUUAUCUCUUUAAAGAAAGGUAGAAAAAUAUUUUGUGAUAUUCAGUUCUCGUUUUAUUAUGGCUUCUUUGGCUGAUAUUGUUUACUACUGGAACAGAGGUAGCAAAACGGUGCCUUUCAGAUGUUGCUGGAUUAUGACUCCCAUCAGCUCCAGCCAGCACAGCCAGUGGUAAGGGAUGAUGGGAGUUGUAGUCUAUGACACCAGAAGAUCACCAUUGUUGGAUAGCCUUGUACUAGAAGAAUGUGAGAUACCAAAAUGUCUCUCAGAACUCCACAUACUUGGGAAAGUAGAGACACUACAGGACAGCUUUGCAAAUUGGUAAAUGUGGACUCCUUGGCCUGUAAUUCCAUCAACAUAAAUGAGUGCUUUGGUUUAAAUUGUUUGUGGAUGGUUGAACAAUGCAUUUAUACGGCAUCUACUGCAUUUGUGGAUGUGCUGUGGGCUAUGCCUAGCAAUUACCUUACUGCAGUGUUCAUGACGUGGAGAUUAAAUUGCUUGUAACAGCAUGGAGGUGGCAUUUAAGAAACAUCAGUGCAUGGCAGUCACAAGAACCAUGCUCUAGAAGUAUGAAACAAGACUAAAGUCCAAGCCUUUAUUAGGUAGCCAAGUUAGCCAUGGGCCAUAAAUUGUAUAAAAACACACACACUCAAAGUUAAGUUUUCCAAAAGCCAAACCGAUCGUUCUGAGCAGCGCAUGGAACCAAAUACGGAUAAUUAAAUAAUAUCAUAUUGUGGAACAGUCCCAGACAUUAAGUAUAGGAAGAGGAAAUCUGAUGCUCAGGUCAAUCUGAUAAGCACAUUGUUUCAAAGUAUAGCUUGCAAGAGUGAGGUAUGAUAUAAUAGUCAAGGCAGUGGCGAUGAUGUGGGUCGCUUGAAAAAUCUCAGUUUUCUAGCUCACAAUUAAAUUACUACAAGCACCAUAACACUAUUUAUUUAUUAAGGGUGUGCACGGGCCGCAAGAUUGUUUUUCUCUGUAACUUUGGGAGGCAUCUUUACCUGUUUCAGAGCAGCUCUUUCUCAGAACAUAGUUUUGCAUUUCUGAAUUCCAAACACAAGAGAAAAGGACUCACUGAAAUGUCUAUUUGCUAGUUUACAUGUGCAGUUAAAACUUGCAUGUACUCGCAAGAGGUCCACACAGAAGAAUUUCGUACAUGCUUAUUAACAAAGAGGUGUACAUUUUUAUGUAGAUACAUUUUACGUCUCUUGGUUAAUAUAUAUUAACUGUUGAAAUUGCCUCAUGUUAUACCAGGUGUGCAUAAAUAUUAUUUCAUUUCA